AUGCCUAAGGUUGAUCAGUUUAAGUACCUCGGAUCCAUGCUGACGGCAGAUGCCAACAUAGACGCAGACGUCACCCACAGAGUAAACGCAGGAUGGUUGAGAUGGAGGACCCUAACCGGGGUACUCUGUGACAGCCGCAUGCCAGUUCGGCUAAAAGGGCGCGUCUACAAAACCGCAGUACGACCGGCAUUAAUGUAUGGCUCCGAGUGCUGGGCGACCAAGAAGAAACAUGAACAGAAGAUGCACACCAAUGAAAUGAAAAUGCUGAGGUGGGCAGCGGGAGUGACGAGACUGGACAGAGUCCGAAAUGUAUAUGUACGAGGCUCUUUCAAGGUCGCUCCCAUUGCAGAAAAGAUGGCUGAAAGCCGUAUGAGAUGGUUCGGGCAUGUGAUGAGGCGUAACGAAGAGUAUGCUGUCAAAAAAGCCUUGGCCAUCCCAGACAAAACGAACGGCAAAGGGAGGCCGCUUACCACGUGGUGGACAACCGUUACCAAAGACAUGGAGCGGGCGCAGACUAACAUAUCGACAACCCAGGACAGAAAAACCUGGCGCCUUCGAACGAGGAGGGCCGACCCCAAAUAA